AUGUCAGCAAUUUUGUCAUCCAUUGUUUUUAUUAAGAGUGUAAGUGGUGAAAAGGUUUCAACAGGAAUUGCCUAUAAUCCUUUUGUUGAAUCUUCUAAAGAUGUUCUUUUUGAUGUUGUAUUUGAAACAGAUGGUGUUAAAGUUGAACUUGAUAUUGAUCUAUUACUUUUUUCUCCUUUUUGUGCUAUGGUAUUAGGAAAAGACCACUUAAUUUCUGAACAAAUGAUUUGUACAAGGCUUAUUCCUAUGAAUAAUUCUCUCACAACUGAAAAUAUUGCUGAAGAUUUCGUUGAUUCUUUUACUGAAGAAUGCCUGCUACUCAAUGUUGAAUAUAUGCAUGAAACUAUUAGUUUAUUUACUAUUCCUGUAAAUGAGUUAUAG